UAUUACACUGACGUUAUAGUGCCUGAACGUUUCUACUUCCGGUUCACUUGACGCAACGUCCGUGUACCCUCGCCAGACUUGCAGUUCUUUUGUGUUCCCUUCUAACUAAACGAGGGCUUUUAAAGCAUUUUCAUCGGUGUACCACAGACGUGACUGAAGAAGAUAUUCACCCUGGAAUGUGCGAUCACACCCAUGUUAAACAGGAGUCGGAGUCGGAGAUGCUGUACAUCAAACAGGAGGUGGAGCCGGAGACUCCCUACAUUAAAGAAGAAGAACAGGAAGAUGAAAUCAUUGCAGUGACCGUCGGUGUGAAGAGCGAAGAAGAUGAAGGUCCAAGCGAAGAGGGCGAAGCAGCGAAACAUUGGAGCGACAGCUCAUUUCAACAGCGAACAACAAAAGGAGAGGGACGACUGCAACUGGACGGCCUAUUAGCUCCGCUUUCGGACAGCGACGACCUAACAUCACACUCUUCUGACUUGAACACAGAUGAUGAGGAGGAUGACUUUGACCAAAAUGCUUCAAAAUCCUCAAACAAGUCAUCAUUGAAUAGAGACACAAAAGCGGUUUGUAAGCCUUAUAUCUGCACACUUUGUGACAAAAGUUGUUCUCAGAAGAGUCAUUUAGAACAGCAUAUGCGUACACACACUGGAGAAAAGCCUUUUGUUUGCACAUAUUGUGGUAAAAGAUUCACCGUGAAGGCAAAUUUAAAGAGACAUGCGAAAACACACACUGGAGAGAAGCCUUUCCCCUGCUCUGUUUGUGGUAAAAGAUUCACAGAUAAGGGAACUUUAAAGAGACACGCAAGAACGCACACUGGAGAGAAGCCUUUCGGCUGCACCCUUUGCGACAAAAGAUUUUCUCGAAAGACUCUUUUGGAGAUGCAUAAGUGUACACACACUGGAGAAAAGCCUUUUGUCUGCGCAGUUUGUGGUAAAAGAUUCUCCCAGAAAAGAAAUUUAAACAAACACAUACGCACUCACACUGGAGAGAAGCGUUUUGCCUGCGCACUUUGUGACAAAAGAUUUUCUGAGAAGUCUCAUUUAGAAAAUCAUAAGCAUACGCACACUGGAGAAAAGCCUUUUGUCUGCACAGUUUGUGGUAAAAGAUUCACCGAAAAGAGAAAUUUAAACAAACACACAAGAACCCACACUGCGGAGAAGCGUUUUCCCUGCACAGUUUGUGACAAAAAAUUUUCUCAGAAGAUUCAUUUAGAAAGACACAUGCGUAUACACACUGGAGAAAAGCCAUUCGCCUGCUCAGUUUGUCAUCAAAGGUUCUGUCAGAAGGGAACUUUAAGCAGACACGCAAGAACCCACACUGGGGAGAAACUUUUUGCCUGCUCAGUUUGUCAUCAAAGAUUCGCGGAGAAGAGAACUUUAAACAGACACGCAAGAACGCACACUGGAGAGAAACCUUUUGCAUGCUCACUUUGUGAUCAAAGGUUCACUCAGAAGAGACAUUUGGUGUCGCACGCAACAAGCCACACUGAGGAGAAACCUUUGAAUUGCAGUGUUUGACAAAAUAUUCGAACUCCUGCCACACAUUUACAGUAGAAAAAGCAUUUCAAUAUUCUUAUUCAGUUGUUGAAAUGAUUUUCCAUUUCCCAUUCUUUUUCACAACGCACCAGUAUUCUAGAUUUUUCUUGUUUAAUUAAAUGAAUUGCUUUGCAUGUCUUUCUGUACAGAACCCCAAAAGAGUCCAAAUUAAAUAAAAACUAGGGUUGUCAAACGAUUACAAUUUUUAAUCGAGUUAAUUACAGCUUAAAAAUUAAUUAAUCGUAAUAAAUCGCAAUUAAUCGCAAUUCAAACCAUUUAUAAAAUAUGCCAUAUUUUUCUGUAAAUUAUUGUUGGAAUGGAAAGAUAAGACACAAGAUGGAUAUAUACAUUCAACAUACAGUACGUGAGUACUGUAUUUCUUUAUUAUAACAAUAAAUCAACAAGAUGGCACUACCAUUAUUAACAUUUUGUUAAAGCAAUCCAUGGAUAGAAAGACUUGUAGUUCUUAAAAGACAAGUUAUAGAACUUUUAUAUCAAAGCCCCUCUUCAUGUUUUCGUUUUAAUAAAAUUUGUAAAAUUUUCAAUCAAAAAAUAAACUAGUAGCCCGCCAUUGUUGAUGUCAAUAAUAACUACUUACACAAUGCUCAGGUGCUGAAGCCUAUAAAAGCAGUCGCACCCAAGCGCCAGCAGAGGGCGGCAAAACUCAGAAAAACACAACAAGUACACCUUUCACUGUGCUCUCAUUUUAAUUUGUUUGAGCGGGGCAUUUGUGCGUUAAUCGCAUCAAAUAUUUUAACGGGAUUAAUUUAAAAAAUUAAUUACCGCUCGUUAAUGCGUUAAUUUUGACAGCCCUAAUAAAAACAUUUUGAAAUAAAUACAAUUUUGAUAAAUACAAAUUGUGUAAUAUGGCCCUUAAAUGGUGAAAUAGGGUAAUAUAAUUAUGAAUGAUUUUAAAGCAACACUACGUAACUUUUCAACCUUCAUAUAAAAUAUUUUCAUAACAUUUGUAAUGAUAUGUCGACUGACAACUAGUUGAAUGACACCUCCUUUGAAUCUUGAGGGGGUCUGCAUUGCUUUCACAAACUGUAAUUAAAUUUGAGGAGGGUGGCAGGAACUACAAAAACAUUGGUAGAAGACUAAAAAUGUGUUGACUGCUUCACGGCAUUCGUCACUUCCCCCUUUCCUCAUUCAUUUCUACAAAGAUGGCAGAUGUUCGAGGAGGAAAGAAUAAAGGGAUGCUACCAGGUUACUGAAGAAUAAACAUUGGUCCAGCUUUCACUUGCCAGCGUGACGUCCCCUCAACCGAAGUCAUUAGCGUUGACGAGUUCGGUUUGCCACGCUAAAGGGCUGUUUAGAUGGCGACUCUGCGACACCAAGACACAAUGACUGUUUUGCGGGAUGGCCUCGCCUUUAUAUGGUGUCAGCAAAAACGAAAGGUGAAGACAAAACCUUGAAUCCGGGCUCCAAAGUGGAAGGAUUCGAUUGAGGGGGCUUGCUCCUUAUCCAUAUCAAUGGAAAGCUCCCGCGCCGAUAACGUCAGCACUAGAGGUGCACGAUAAUUAUAGGUCCACUUAUAGGAAUUAUGACGUCAUCCCAUUAAAUCCGAUGACAUUAUUAAUAGGCCCGAUUAUAUAUAAUAAUUUUGGCACGGUGUCGGUGGAUUGGGAUGUAUGCUUUUGUGUCCACUCCCGUUUUGCCCGUAUGCAAAGUUCUGUUACUAUUCUUGAGUCCGUAUUUUUUCAUCAUAGAGUGAUAAACCUUACUAUGGAAAUUAGCAAAUGUUUUCAUUUUACAGUGUUAUGUUUACAAGUUCUUCAGAGGCCUUUAGGUUAUUGAUAGGCCUGCUGUCCUAUAAUUGCCAGGUUAAGAAAGUUGUUUCAUGGACCAAGACCACAAAAGUCUCCUCUCCUGUUGCACCAAAUGUUUUUUUUCUGCUGGAAAAGCACAAUACCUGUUGGGUUUAUUUUAGUUCAAUCCUCAUUGUUUAGGGGAACACAUUGUCAAUGACAUCGACUGAUUGUUUGUGAUUUACUCAAAUUAUAUUCAUUUGAAAAA